GCAUAGCGUUCAUAUCGCCGCACACAAUAACACGUAUAUAUUUUAAAAGUCGGCGCGAAUCACCAGUGCACGCACGCAUGAUGGCCGACGGUGACGAAACGAUGGCCGAAACGGUGGAGGAGACUUACGAGACGGAGGUCCGGCGGAAGAUCGUCAAGACCAAAUUCAAAAUCGAAGAAACUUCCUCUACAACCACAACCACUACGAUGACCACACCAGCGAAAUUAUACGGAAAAGAUCUCAGUGUGUACGAGGACAUUGAUGUAGAUACCUUGUUAGAUAAAUUAACACCCGAAGAAAUCAAUAUAUUAGCCAAAGAAGUAGACCCCGACGAUUCAUUUUUACCUCCCUCUCAAAGGACAAGUUACGAUUGUGAUAAACAACCCACUGGACCCUUAAAUAGAAAACAAUUAAUCGAACAUAUAAACAGAGAAGCCAUCGAAACUCCGGACAUACCUGAAUUGAAGCCCUAUGUUGCCGGGGUGAUACGAGGGAAAAAGUGGAUUCCACCUCCUCCUCCGAAGAAGGAAAUUGAAGCUGAUGAAAAGAUUGCCGUAGAUUUAGGAGAUGAGUAUGAACAGGCUUUGACUCAUGCAACCCAAGAGGAGAUCAUUGAUUUGGCAGCCAUCUUGGGCUUCCACUCAAUGAUGAAUCAAGACCAAUAUCACGCCUCUCUGUUGAACAAAGGCCAGCCGGUCGGUUUGGGUUGGGACGGUAUUACCAAAGCCUCGAAACCAAAAAUUUUCCCCAUGGAUCCGCCCAAUGACGCGGACGUUGACGACUCUAUAAGACGGGUUCAAAAUGACGACCCGAAGUUCAUUGAUCUCAACUGGAAUAAUAUUAAGAAUAUCUCUGACGAGAAGUUUAAUAAUUUAUUCGAAGCUCUGGAAAAUAAUACGCACCUGGAAACGUUAGCGUUAGCGAAUACAGGAAUGACAGAUCGGGGGGCCGACAGGUUAGCGCAGGCGCUCGAGAAAAACAGCCAACUAAGGGUGGUGAAUGUAGAAAGUAAUGUGAUUUCUCCGCUGGGUGUGGUUAGACUUAUCAAAUCGCUGCUCAAACAGAACAGCGUCGAGGAGUUCAGGGCGACCAAUCAGCGGACGCAAAUAUUAGGUAACAAAAUAGAGAUGGAAAUUACGCAGCUUAUCGAAAAGAAUCCUACGAUUCUCAGGCUGGGCCUGCAUUUAGAAUAUAACGACGCCCGUCACCGUAUCGCGACGCACUUACAAAGGAACAUUGACACAAAACGGCGCCUUUCUCGGUUGGGUUCGACAAGUUCGUAAACGCUGAUGGUCAAAAUAAUUACUUCGUAGGUACAGAACCGGCAAGCUGCCCCGUAACUACCUGGUUGGUUACAUCGCUUAACGCCAACGUUUCAGCUCACGCGACGUUAUCUUCAGUGUCAAACGCAUCUUGUCCCGCCGAGCCACGUAUCGUUUUCCCUGUCGCACUUACUUUAGGAAUCUAUGUUAAGACUUUACUUAGUUGUUAUGUAUGUGUCAUUUCGUUCUCCUCUAACGUGUUGGUUUUUCCUGACCGUAGGUCUCUGAACUCUAAUUCUUAUCUACUUAACGGCUCAUCAAUUUGAAACGAAAGUAACUGUUUUCACUGCCAAAAGUGCUACAAAACUAGGUGCAGAUAGAGACAUGUAUUUAUUUAACGUUUGGAAUGUGCAAAUUUGUCAAUAACGAAAAAAGUUUAGAGGUGAACUGCGAUAUGGUUAUGUUAAAUAAAUAUAUAAAUGCAGAAUUAUUUUAUUAAUAUAAUAAUUUAGUUUAUAUAAGCGAUUGAUUACAUUUGUAAAUAUCGUUUGCUUUAAAGAGGAUGUUGCUUAAAAUAGUUUUCUUUACGUAAAUGUUGAUACUUAGUCAUAUUAGUCAUUAAAACGGCAUUCAAAAACAAUUUUACUCUGCAAAUUUUAAAACGUCUCGCGUCUCGCUAUACACGGGCCUAUCAGUGACUUGCAAGGAGUUUUUUUAAAUUCUCAAGCGUUGAUCGUUGAGAUCUAUAAUUGUGAUUUUGCCCGCCCUGUAUAUGAUGUGUAACGUGAACUUUUCGUAUUUUAUCGUAACAUGUUAGCAAUAUACGCGCCGUAGAUGAGUAGUUGCAAGAUAUUCUUAUGUAACAUACAAAAGAAAAGAAUAAAGAAUAGU